CUUUUCCUAUUUUUUCUCACUAUACGAAUCUAAUUAAAUGUAAUGAAUUCUACAUUUAUAUGUAACAUUAGAACAAUGCUCAACUGUAUAAUAAUAUUGCACAGUUUAUUGAUUUUAUAUUCAUAUAAAUUGUAAGAAAUUAGUGAUUUUCAUCAUAGAUUCUCUUGCAGUGAACACUUUAGUGACACUAAAGACAGUAUUUUACAACAGCUGUAGUUGACUGUAGUUAGUCUUACAGUGUAUAGUGAUACAUAUACAAAAGACAUAACAAUAACUCACCCAAUACAUAAUAUCUAAAAAUCUAAUAAAGUAAAUGUGUGCUAUAUGAUAUUGUAUAAAACUGCCUGUUCUGGAUGUUCCAAAAUGUGGCUGUGAACUAACAGGAGGCACAAAAAAGUGUUCUUGCUAAAUAUAAUAUAUAAUAAUAAUAACUAUUAUUUUAUAUAAUCUUAAGUGGAAGAAACUUGCUAAUUUAGUUAAUAGUGAUGAACCCAGAAUUCCAUACGCAGCAUGUAGACUUGCAGGAAAAGAGUUAAAAAUACAGUGCUUCCUGUAAUUGGAGGAGCUGUUCCAGCAGGUUGGAGGUGGGGAAGGAUUGUCAUGACAGUUAAGGUAUUUGAUUGGAAGAAUGCAAUAGAGGAGGAAGGUGUUCCUGUGAUUUAAUCUGAGCUCCAGAGAAUUUUCAGUUAUUGUUGAGCUUCCUGUGUAGCCAGAGACACAUACCGAACACCUUUGUGCUCACCUGAAGCUUGGACUGCAGCAUGCAUCAACCUGGCCGGCUGAGGCUAAGGCCAUGGCUGGAGGAGCAGAUUCAGUCUGGGAGGUAUCCAGGAGUCAGCUGGCUGGACCAGUCGGCACGAAUCUUCCAAAUCCCCUGGAAACAUGCUGCUCGUCAUGGCUGGAGUAUUGACCGAGAUGCUACACUCUUCAGGAGUUGGGCCAUGCACACAGGACGGUACCGUCCGGGCAAAGACAAGCCAGACCCCAAGACAUGGAAAGCGAAUUUCCGCUGUGCCUUGAACUCUUUACCUGACAUCUGUGAGCUGCAGGAGCACAGCAGGAAGAGAGGCAGCAAUGCCUUCAGAGUGUACAGGAUCAUGCCCAGCACGCAAACACACAGACGGAGGAGAGGGCUGCGGUUGUUCAGCAGGCCUCGAGAAAGACAGGCGAGUUUAGGUGAUAAUGCAUAUUCUACAGACAUUUGGCAACCCACAACAACAAGACCAAUUUCAGACACACCACAGAAGUUGGAGACUCUUGCAGAAGACACAUUUGGCAACACUCAAACACACGGGAUGUGGGAGGCCAAACCAGAGGAGCAGGAGCAGAAUGAGGCUGUGUUUAAGCUGAUGGACCACUUAAGCAAUGCAGACCUCUGGAACCAGACCGGGGAGCAGAGAGGAUGGAGAACACACACACUGUGGGACCACUGGCACUGUGCUGGUGAUGAUAAUCUGUACUCUCUGCACACAGACAACUACAAUGAUCUGUUUGGUCCAAACUACGUCAAGGAACUCUCUGACUGGUCUGCACAUCAACAAACACUGAUGCCAUAGCCGUGCACCAACUGCUCAUCCUCCUGCUCGUGUGUGUGCCUUAUAUUUAAUUAAAAGUGUAUUUUUUUUCUUUCAACGUUCUUGCUAUCCUUAAACUGUUGUCUUCCCUGCUAUCUAUCUGCUGAGCUGACCCCUUGAAAAAGAGAAACAAGAGAGGGGGGAACGGUUAGGGGAAUAUUCCUCCGUCAGUCAGCUGAGGCAAUUGUCCUCUUUGCUGAGAAUGCUGAGAUGAAGAUCUUGUUCCAAGCCAAGCUUUUACCUCUGUCAUCAUCACUUGGGUUAACUAUGGUUCAGUUCCUCAAACUCACUAAAAUGACACCAAGCUCACACUACAGCUUACAGAGUAAACAGAUCUCAUUUCGCUUCAGUGCAGCGUCAGUUAUUGUGAGAUUUCUUUGUUUUACUGGAUAUUUAGGCAACAUACAGUAAAUUAAGUGCAGGAUAUGAGGCUUUACCGGUGUGUAGGUUUAUGUUUAUGAUUUUUACUCAUCAUCAUACCUAGUGAGCUGAAUUAAGCUGCAAUAUAUAUACACUAC